GAGCCGGCGCAGUCCGCGACCCAGCGCGGAGGGAAAAGGUGUGCGGCAGUUCACGCAACCGCGGGUGGGGCAGGUGAUCGAAACGAGUGAAGAAACAAGUCACGCGGUACCCGCCAUCUGGCCAGCCGCUGCUUCGCGGAGACUGCACUCUGGCUGGCUGGCUGGCCGGCCCUCCACAGCCGCUGAUGGAAGGAGGAUGGUAGGGAGCUCUGGUGUUGUAUGACGACUUGCCACUACUGCCACAACCACCAUCACCAUCAUCAUCGCCACAACAACAACAACGACCCCGGGACAGCAUCCCACGAGCGCAUGCGCCGGAAGUGACCUCCAAGGCCACCUGUCAGCAAGCGCUCGACACUGCGGCGUCGUGAGUUCUGUCGCUCGGCAAGCGCCACCUGACCUCACACCUGCUCUGCACCUCGUCGCGCCGCGGAAGUGUGAUCUCCUGCAGGUAAUACGGUCGGCUUGUAUUCUUGUUACAGAUGAAUAGCAGCUACACAUGUAUUGGAGCGUUUUAAAACUUCGCCGUCCUUCCACACUCCGCGCAGCAGUUACAGCCCGCCAUUUGCCAUGUCGUCACUGACCGCAAGCGACCAGGGGUCAAAGGACUCGGACCACGUAUACACAGCCUCGGGCUGCAGUCUUCUCAAGAUGCCUUAAGACAACAAACAAACUUUUCCGUCCGCUCAGCAGAAAAAGAAUUGAGAGCUGCAUCGUUUUCUUUUUCUUUUUUUCUUCUACCAGCUGUCGACGGAACUGGAAGGUGCAAAAUACUGCACAAAGAUUUCACCGGUACCUUCGUCUUGCCAGCAUGCUGUACUGUCUACACAAACAUGGCGCCUCGCGUUGUCGCGAGGGAAUGACAACAAAGUGCGUGGCAUGAGACAGCAAGACUUUCUCUCUACCCCCCUCGUCAAGGGAGGUUCAAAGCCCUAUUCCAGCAUCUGUUUGUGACUCGGCAUACCCUGGAUGUGAGGGUUCUCGGUGUAUACUGACCCCGAGAGUUGGGGACGGAAAAGCACUGGCGGAAGUACUUUGUGACCCCGCAUGACCUCUCAGCACGACAAGCAAGACUUCACGUGACUGUGACGACAAGCAGGUGGGUCUGGUGGACUUCAAGAUGGCCGCGGAGAUGGCGGCGCGGGUGGCAUGGCGGAGUUACCACGACUGGGUCUUGCCCAAGAACGCGGUGGUAGCCAUCUUGGCGGGGGCGCUGCUGUUCCUGUUCCUGGGACUGCUCUUGCUGGCCAUCGGAGGUGGACUGGGCGUGGUGGGGCUCAUCGCCGCGGGAGCUGUGCUGGCGGGUCUGGGUGGAUGUGGCCUGAUGGUUUGCCUCCUGCUGUGUCUCCACGCCUACUUCGUCUUCAAUGUGCAGGACGAGGCUGUGCAGACCUCGGACAUUCCCUGGUCUGAUAACAUCACGACGGAGGAGAGUCCCUGCUACGCCGUUAUCAACAAGCCAUCGGCACUCAAGUCAUCCGACGGGACUCUGCGGCGAAACGGCGGCGGUGGGGUCAAGAAGGUGACCAUGGCCCCGGAUGUGGCCCUCGAUGCGGACAGGGCUCCGGCCUUGCCCCCGCCGGCGGAGAUAGGGGGAGUAGCGGAGAUGGUUCCGGCCUCCCCGUCGACCCCUGGCUACAAGACCAUUGGUCAGUACUCGGGGGUUGAGGCCACCCCUUUCUCGUCUGCUUUGUCUUACGACCAGCGAAGCUAUGCCCAGCAGCAGGCGUUCCAACCACACGCCAUGACGCAGCAACAGCAACAUCAAUACCAACGACAGCAGCUGCAGCUGCAGCAGCAGCAGCAGCAGCAGCAGCAACUUCUCCGUGCCGGAACAACCGAUCUGGACAUCCAGCAACAACGCCAGCAACUGGAGUACCAUCGUCAACAUUUGCUUCUGCAGCAGCAACAACAGGAACAGCAGCAGCAGCAGCAGCAGCAGCAGCAGAGACUGCAAGCUCAGCAGCGCUUCAGGAUGCAGGAUCAGUUUGCCGCCCCCCAGCAGGCGCAGCAGGUGACCUACGCCCAGGUGCAACACAUCCCCAUCAGAAUGCAGCAACUGCAGCCCACGCCGCCUCCUUCGGCUCAGUCGCAACAGUCGUCUUCCAUCGUUUCCAACUUCAGUGGCAGCACUGCCGUUGGGGGCGGAGAAGGAUUGAGCGACAGGGGAAGCAACUUGUCUGUUCAGCAGGCUGCCUCUACUUCCACCUCGUCACACAGCUACAAGAUCCACACGCAAGGCCUGCAGUACCAGAGUGGUCGGCCCUACCUUCAAGAGGACGACGACUACGACAACCCUGCCGUAGAGCGCAGCCCCAUGCUGACGUCGACUGUCACUUCCGCUGGUCCAGCGGCGAAGAGUAAAAAGAGUUUCUUCGGAGUUAGCAGGGCCCAACCGGAACCGGAUAUUCCCGAGCCUUCUCCCCUCGUGCAUCCUUCCGCCCGCCGCCCCAUGACGUUCGAGCAGCAGUCGUCGUCCAAGAUGAGCAUUUAUGACAAUGUCUUGUUUCCGUACGCAGAAAACGACGGCGAAUGAGCAUUUAUGACGGUGUCGUGUUUCCGUACGU